AUGUCACAGUCAUCGCCUACUGAUGUCCAUACACGCCGUCGUUCCCAUCCUCCUCCAACACCAGGAACGACGUCCAACCAACCCCAACCCCAAGCACAUGCUGCAUCUGCAUCUGCCGCCCAAGCCCAGCUCAGCCUCUCCCGAGUGAGCGAAAUAGCACAACAAGGCGUAACGAGCAAAGCCUGGUUGUACCCUGUCAAAGGCAUCCUCUACCUCAUAGGACAUCCCAGCCUCCUCCGCCCUCUUAUCCCAACCAUCGCUCUCUCGCUAUUUGUUUCUCUCAUCCUAACUGUCUCCAUAUUCGGCGCAUUUUACCUCCCGCUCGCCGGCCUUCUGGCAGUGUUCAACGGGCCAAUAGGAUUCCUUUCCGCCGCAACUGUCCUGCUGAGCUUGUCGGGAACAGCAGUGAACGCCCUUGCCCGGAGUCUCUUUCUCCAACAAGCUUUAGAACGGGUGUUUGACCAAGUACUACUGGAUCACUCCCUCCUCAUCCUCCUCUCCCAUGGCAGAGAGCUCAAAAAGUCUCACACAGGAAGACGCCUAGGCGCAGUACUGACCAAGCCCCUCGCACGCUUCUCACCCCGAGCGAUCCUCACCUACAUCCUCUCCCUUCCCCUGAACCUUAUCCCGCUCGUCGGCACCGUGUUCUUCGUAUUGUACAACGGAGUGCGCACGGGUCCGGGCUGGCAUGAACGGUAUUUUGUCCUCAAAAGGCUAGACAAGCGGGAAAAGGAAGAAUGGGCUAACAUCGUUCCCGAGGACAGUUUUGGCGCAGCAGCUAUCGUGCUAAAUAUGAUCCCGCUCAUGAGCUUGUUUUUUACGUUCACGACGGAUGUCGGGGCGGCUCUGUGGGCUUGUGAUGAGGAGAAACUUGCAGGUAAAGCUGAGGGUGUGCUCGCAGAGGGAAGGACGGCGACGGCUGUGCCUCAGACUAGUGCUGGUCAUGUGGACAAUUGA